GUUGAAUUUUAAAUGAAGUAUAUACAAUAUACCUUAGUCAGGGAUCAUGAUGAACAGAUCUCCAUCAUCAAGGAGGCCUUUGCUGGGGAUGAUGUAAUUUCUGAUUUCAUAAAGGACAAAAGGAAACAGGAAGCUGCUGGGAAGCCUAAAGUGGUGGACCUGACACUGCCAGGCUGGGGAGAAUGGGGAGGUGUUGGUCUCAAACCCUCCCGCUGGAAACGCAAAAGAUUUAGGAUAAAAAUGGCCUCAUCACCUCCACGGCAAGACCGGAAACUGCCUGAUACCAUCAUAUCAGAGAACAGAAAUACAUCAAUCGCUUCGCAUCAGGUUAGUCAACUACCAUUCCCAUUUCAAAACACUGCACAGUUUGAAUCUUGCAUCCGUACACCUGUUGGGCAGACGUGGAACACACAAGGUGUUGUGAAGAAGAUGACAAAACCCAAAGUUAUCACUAAAUUGGGUGCGAUCAUUGAGCCUAUGGUCAAAGAGGACUUCAUAAAUAAGACCACAACAUCAGCUGGUAAAGGACCAACAAUCAUGUUGAGAGAAAACAAAAGGGCAAAUAAGGGCAGAGAAUGGUCAUCAGCAAAGCAUCAAGGAAGAAGAGGAUCACAGAAGAGGAAAAAGCAACAGACUUGAAAGAUUGUGUGACUUCAGUAACUGCAUAAAUAGAUUUUAUUUGUGAGGUAAAGUGUUUCAAGACAUCUCAGUGAUAAAUUUCCAUAUGAAUUUAUUGUGAUUCUUAUCAUGGCCACAUCCAUUUAAUUGUAUUUAUCAGAAAACCUUUUAUUAGUAAUAGUUUUUUUUUUCUAUUCAGCCGCUCCCAAAUCAAUUUUAAAA